AUGGCCGAUGCUGGUUUUUUUAAAGGAACAUCGGCUGAACAAGAUAGUCGAUUUGCAAAUAAACAAAAGAAAUUACUCAAACAAAUGAAAUUUCCAGAGAAUAUCGAUACUAAAAUUGAUAUGUCGAAAGUUAAUUUAGAUGUUAUUAAAUCAUGGAUAACAAAUCGUUUAGAAGAUUUAUUAGGUUUGGAAGAUGAUGUUGUUAUUGAAUUUGUUUUUAAUCAACUUGAAGAUAAAAGUCCGGAUCCAAAAAUGAUGCAAAUUAAUUUAACUGGUUUUCUUGGUGGAAGUAAAGCUCGAUUAUUUAUUGGAGAACUUUGGAAUUUACUAGCUAGUGCACAAUCAUCAAUUGAUGGUAUACCAACAGAAUUGGUUGAAAUGAAAAAAAAAUUUUUACAAAAACAAAAGGAAGAAGAUGACCAUUUACGUGAUACACGUAAACGUGAAGAAGAAUCUUAUCGUCAUGACUCGAAAGGUGACAGUGAUAAACUUAAUGGUCGUAAUCAAGUAUCAUCAUCAAGUAGUAGAUCACGUCAUGAAAAUGGAAAUAAUCCUGGAUACAAAUCACGAUCAAAUUAUGAUGAUGAUCGUCGUGAUCGAAGACGUCCAGAUAAUCGAUUUGACCGACGACGUUCACCACCUCCUCGAAGUCGUCGAUCACCAUCACCUCCAUCAAAAAAACGUCGAUCACCUUCGCCACCUUCUAAAAGUCGUCGACCAUCAUCUCCACCAUCUAAAAAACGUCGAUCCCCUUCACCACCACCCAAAAAUCGUCGAUCACCGUCACCUCCAUCAAAGAAACGUCGAUCACCUUCUCCACCUCCUAAAACUCGUCGAUCGCCAUCACCACCAUCAUCUAAAAAGCGCCGAUCACCUUCAACUCCACCCAAAGGCCGACGUUCACCAUCACCACCACCGAAAGGUCGUCGAUCGCCAUCGCCACCACCCAAAGGUCGUCGAUCACCAUCGCCACCACCCAAAGGUCGUCGAUCACCAUCGCCACCAUCCAGAAAACGUCGAUCACCUUCGUCACCACCGCCCAAGAGCCGUCGAUCACCAUCUCCACCAUCCAAGAAACGUCGAUCACCUACUCCACCACCGAAAAAUCGUCGAUCACCAUCUCCACCAUCAAAAAAACGUCGAUCACCUUCGCCACCACCAAAAAACCGUCGAUCACCAUCUCCACCAUCGAAGAAACGUCAAUCACCUUCACCAGCACCCAAAGAUCGUCGAUCGCCAUCUCCACCACCUAGAAAACGUCGAUCGCCUUCACCACCAUUCAAAGGUCGUCAAUCACCAUCGUUGUCAUCCAAAAAUCGUCGAUCACAUCAUUCACGAAGUCCAGAUCCAAGAUCACGACGUAAGGAUAUAAAACCAUCACCAGUUGCAUCAUCCGUUUCAAGAAAAGAUGUUUACAAAAAACCUACACGAUCUAUUUCAAAAAGUAGUGAAAGUGAAGAUGAUCGUCAACGUCAAUCUCGUUAUGAUAAAUCUAAAAGAAAUUCAACAUUAAAUCAACGUGAUCGUCGUCAUUCAUUAUCACAAUCUCCAAAACAUAGCCGAAGUCCAAUGAAAUCACGAAAAAGUGAACCAAUAAAAAAUCGUUCACCAUCACGAUCAUCAGCAUCAUCAUCAUCGUCGUCAUCAUCUAUGGAAGCACCACCAAAACCAAUAAAAAAGCCUUUGAAUCAAAAACCAAAACCUCGUUCACCAUCAACAAGUUCAAAUGCGAGUCAAUCACCAUCACCACGACGUCCAACGUCUCAACGUAAUGAUAAAUUGGCUCGAAAAAAAUCAAAUGAUUCAUCUGAUGAUUAUAAAGAAAAAAAACGACACAAAAGUAACGAUUUAUCGAGUGGUGAUGAUGAUCAACAAAAAGAUCAAUCAUCUAAACGUCCAAUCGAAAAAGAACAAUUAAUAUCAAAAUCUAAACAAAAAUCACCCACACCACCAUCAUCACGAUCACCAUCACCUUCUCCAUCACCAUCGCAAACGCUAAAGAAAACAGCUUCCGCUUCAUCUAAUAUCGAUAAAGUUAAAUCAAAUGUAUCACCACCGAUGAAAGAAUUACAAAAGAAUAAAAGAUCAACUCGUUCACCAUCUGAUAAAUCAUCAUCGGGAUCAAGUUCAAAUUCUUCUUCAUCAAGUUCAGAAUCAUCAGGUUCAUCAUCAGAAUCCGAAUCGGAUGAUGAUAAAAAACCAAAUAAAAGAUCACCAUCCGCUAGUAGCGAUUCAUCAAGUCGAUCACGAUCACCAACACCUGGGCGUACGAGAAAAGAAGAUAAAAAAUCGACUAAACCUAGUGAAAUUUAUUAUGAAACUUUAUUUGCAUAUCUUUAUUGUUGUUCAUCAUCACAAUCACCCUGA